CCGAAACUUGCUCAGAGACUGACGUAAGUUUGGUUUCUAACCAUACAUUUCGAAUUUCACUUGCUUCUACAGUCUAGAAUCUAGAUUCUAGAUCUUUUUUAGGAACAGGAAAAAUAUUUUCAAAAGUAGAUCUAUACACGAUAAGAUAUCCCUGAAGGAAACGAAAUGUCAGGUUUUGAUAUUCUGACAAUGAUGUUUGCAGACAUGAGUCUGCCAGGCUUUGAAUAAGCUGUUUCAGUCUGAUAUAUGAGUAUCAAAAGUCACGAUGGGUGACUGGAUUUGUACUGUGUGCACUUUGAACAAUAAAUUGACAGCCACUAAUUGUGAAGCUUGUGGAGCAAAGAGAACCAUAGACAGCAAAACUACAGGUGUGUCCAAUGGUGCUUCCAAAAAUGUGCAAAUAAAUGGAAAAACAACAAACAAAUCCAAUGGGCAACAGAAAGCUGUAGACCAAAGUAAAUCUGUGAUUAACAUUAGCAGUGAGGACGAUUCAGAUGACAACGUGAUUGUCGGGAUGGGAGGAGACGGGGAUAAGCCAACAGACUCUGAAGAAUGGAAAUGUCAACGUUGCACACUCCUGAACCCGAAGCACCUCCAUCGAUGUCAAGUCUGUGAGUCUCCUCGGAGAUCUAGACUGCCAACCCUGUCAGAUGUUGACCCUAGCUUCAAGGAAGUUUCCUCUGGAACUGAGACAAAAGAAGGUGCAGAUAAAAAAAAUGGGCCUGUUGCGAACAAUACAAAUAAGCCAGCAAUGGAUAAAGCAAAGGGAAAUCCUGUACCGAGUGGCCAUAGUAAGGAAAAACCGAUGGAAAUCGAUGGGGAGGAGUGGAAAUGUCUUAAGUGCACUUUCAGUUGUAAUCCAGAGUGGUCAACGACAUGUGAGUCAUGUGGGCAGCCCAAGGUGCCAGAUAAACGGAAAAGUGUCUCUCCUCCAAGCCCUGUUGAUAUCAGCAAGGAUAAGGUGACUUAUAUUCACAGACCUAAUAAAUCAUCAACCAUUCAACACCCGGAGGAAGCUGGGUCUUCAUCCUCCUGGGACUGCUCAAAGUGCACUUUCAAAAACAGAGAUGGCGAUGUUUGCUUCAUAUGCAAACUCCCUCGAGAGAAUUACGAAAACACACAGUCAUGGCAGUGCCAGAUGUGUACGUUAGUGAAUGCUCAGGAAAACACUGUUUGCUCUGUGUGCAAGCAGCCUAGAGGGGGGCCUUCUUCCAUUGCUACUACCUCAGCUCAACCACCGAAGCCAGGCCACAGAGCAGCGGUGGGCAAGACAAGUGACACAGCCCAGAAACCACAUUUUGAUCUCCACAGACAAGAGAGCUCACUCGUGGAAGACAUUCGGCGUAUUGAAGAGAAUGAGGCUUCAGAAAUGAGGCAGACUAUCAUUCAACAUUGCAGAACUACCGGGUACCCAUUUGUGGAUGAUUCCUUCCCUCCUGCUCCAAAGUCUCUGCAUAGAGACCCGAAGCAUGGAUUUUGUGAUGUACCUAUCAAAUGGAAAAGACCACACGAAAUCGCAACGCCGAAUGAGAUGAGACUUCCAUGGGUAGUGUGUCGUACCCCAUUACCCGAAGAUAUAUCUCAAGGUGUACUUGGUAACUGUUGGUUCCUCAGUGCGCUGGCCGUGCUAGCAGAACGACGCCACCUGGUGGAGCAUAUUGUACUCACAACCGAGCUUUGCCGGCAAGGUGUGUAUCAGGUUCGACUCUGUAAAGACGGGUUGUGGAAGACAGUUCUCAUAGACGACUGCCUUCCCUGUGACCCUUCAGGAACGCUUAUUUUUUCAAAGGCCAGAAGGAAGCAACUGUGGGUCCCCCUGAUAGAGAAGGCCAUGGCCAAGCUUCAUGGGAACUACGAGGCACUCGUGGCAGGGAAAUGUAUCGAGGGUCUCUCGAUACUCACGGGAGCCCCCUGCGAGAGCAUAUUACUGCAAGAGGACGAAAAGAGAGGGAGAGAAAUCUGCCGAGACACCAUCUGGGCAAAACUGUUGAGUUGCAGAGACUGCAAGUUCCUGAUGGGAGCGUCAUGUGGAGGUGGGAACAUGAAGGCUGACGAGGAGGCUUUCAACAAGGUUGGGUUGAGGUCCAGACAUGCUUACUCUAUUCUGGACGUGCAGGAUUUAGAAGGGAACAAGUUGAUCCGACUGCGGAACCCUUGGGGACGUUUCUCAUGGACAGGUAACUGGAGCGACGGCUCGAUAUCCUGGCAGACCGUGACAGAGGAGUCGAGGAGAAGAGUCAUGGCCAUGGGGGAAGAGCAGGGCGUUUUCUGGAUGGAGUUCACCGACCUCAUGAAAUAUUUUGACAGUGUGGAUGUAUGCAAGCUCCAACCGGACUGGCAGGAGAGUCGAGUUGGAGGCUUUUUCCCCCGGACUGGAACCGACCCCACCCAAGUGGUCAAGCUGACAGUGUUCCAAACUACAGAAGUGGAGCUAGGCUUGUUCCAGGAAGGUCCCAGGGGAGACAAAGGGAAAAAAUCUCCUUUGGACCUAUGUAUAAUUGUCCUCCGGGAGUCGUCAAAUCUGCAGCAGACAUAUGUCGGGAAGUUGGAAGCCCACAGCCCGCGUCAGCUCCGAGGAUUUGUAGGAUGUCGUCACAUGUUCUCUCCCGGGGAGUACAUUCUUGUGCCAAUGGCAUUCGGACACUGGAAUGCGUCGUCCAAGUGGCACAGUUUUGUGGUCUCCAUACACAGCUCAAAGAAGCUGAUGGUGGAAGACGGGAUAUGCAACCGGCCUCUGGUGCUGGCUGAUGCAAUCCUGCAGCUAGCUGUAGCAAAUGGCAGCCGGGAAGAGCUGUGGGAGGGUGUCACGGCUUACACUUUGCUCAACGGCUGGUCUGGGGGGAUCUUUGUUGUGGAGAAUCGCCUCCCACACAACUCUGUCCACGUCCAGUGCGACUGUCAGAACAGCUCCAACAUCGUCUCCACUCGAGGAUCGUUGAUCACAACGGAUGUCAUCCCACCGUUUCACAGACAAGUGAUCAUGGUCCUGUCGUACCUGGAGCGCUCACAGCCGUACCACGUGUCCCGUCGUCUGCUCCACCGUACCCUGGCCGUCAACAUGCCCCUAGGGAACUGGGCCCCGCCAGACGCUGCCCACACCUUCCACCACCCGCACAUCUCGCCGCAGAUGGAGUCCAUACACCAGCCACGACCCUACGUCUAGGAUGUCAAGCCAUGGCAAUUUUUUUUUUUUUUUUUUUUUGUUUUUUUCAAUAUUCCUGAAGUUUUUGAUUUUUCAAAUUCAUGACCAUACCUUUCGGUUUGUAAGUGAAGAAUUUGUUUUAUUAUAUUCAAAAACAAGAUUUCUAAAUUUUUUAAUUCAAAUACUUUUGGCUGCUGUUUUUGUUUUUGUGGUUGACAGUAAAUGUCUGGAUUUUCAGGUGUGAUAUCAGUUUCUUUUUUGUUGAUGUUCUCAAGAAGUUGGGAUGUAGGUGACGCACUCUUUGAAUAUGAAAGCCAUAGUUAUGUUGAAUGAAGUCCUGACUCACUCAUAUGCAUAAAUUAAGUACAUAUACAUUUGUUGUUGCUGUCACCAGAAUAACUAGUUACUGUGUACUGUUCUUUUUCCUCACUCUUUUUUUUCUGUAUUUUGCCCAUAUCAUUUUCGCUAACAUUUUGAGUUUUCGGUUUGCCAUCACCCAGUGUCAUAUGUUCCAGUUCCCUUUUAACAUUUCGUGAAUUACUUCAUUUCAUGAUUUUCUUAAAAAAUGUGAAAAUCACGAAUUCAAGUUGGAAGGGAAAAAAGACAAAUGCCUUGUUUACAGUACUUGUAAGUACAUGUAUUUUAGCUACCCUGUGAAGCAGGGUCAAAUGAAGUUGUGCAUGUCGUUCUGUUUUGCUUCUCCCAGGAAGCUUCCUUUUUGAUGUACAACAGUUUGUUUUACGAACAUCUUUAUUUAGAAACAAAGCUCAUCAUUCCUUGAUUGUUGCUGUUUUGGUUACAGUAUUGUUAUGAAACCAUUCGUCUCUUUAUUGCUACAUUUGUAUUUGUGUUGAUGUGCCUGACAUGGAAUAUUUUUGUAUUUUGUCAGACACUAACAAGGCUUUUAUUAACCCUGCUGAAGCUAUGGGCACAGUUCUAAGAAAGGAGGUCACUGGGUGAGAAAUGAUAAUGGUUUUGAUUUAGAUGAUCACCCAUAGGACUGGAAGCAUAUAAAUGGUUUAUCUGUGAUUCAAAGCUUGACCCUAGAUGUUUAAAACAAAGUAAUGUUAAUGACUUGUGUUUACAGAAACCUUGCUUUGUUACGGUCGCCAAAAUUAUGGCAAACCUUUCUCUGCUAGCACUGGUCUCAAUGGCCAAGGCUGAAGCCACAAGUCAUCUUAACCUUUGAUUCUUCUGUUCCACUUGAGAAGUAUUCUCCUCCACUGAUGCAUUGGUCAUUAUCAGACAUUAACAGAUAAACUGCUACAGAAACCUGUUUAUACUUGUUACGGUCGCAUUUAAACAUAACUUCUUCUGAGAAUCCUGCUACUGGUAUUCUUUUUGUGUGAAAAUCCUUCUCUGAUUCACUAUCAAUCAACAUUUAACUCAUUUCCCCGUUUGUCUUCUCUUUGCAAUCGGUCCAAGCUUUUUUGAUACAGCAUUUCUAACUGUGACCCAGUUAGCUUCAGCUGGUUAAAGAGAGAUUGUAUGUGUCCCUGUUGAAGGGAAUGCCCCUGUGAUAAAAUAAUGCUCACAUUAUUGCUUAUUUAGGCCGAGCCAUGUAAAGUGAAAGUGGUGUAUGUAACGCGGAGACAAGUGGCUGCUUAU